AUGUGUGGCAUUCUCGCGAUCUUCGGCGAGGUGACCCCACCGCCUGAUAUCCCCGUAUCGUCGUCACUGCCUCAGUGGCACACAACAUCCCCACAACACUUUAUCUGCCGCCAUCUUGCUCGCUUCCCCUUGACCAAACGCGACGAAGCUAAACUCGCUCACCAAUAUCAAAUCAAAGAUAUCCACAGCCGCCAAACUAAAAUCAAGGCUAAUUUGAAGCUCAGUGAUGAAGAAAAACUGAAACAAUACAACCAACUUCAACAGCAGCUUGAUGAUCUACUAGGUCCCGCUGAUGAGCCGCCAGCUUACCCUGAAUCAUCUGCUCCACUAAAUGAAUACUAUGUGUCUCAGGUUGUGGAUGCGGUAGCCUGUCGUGGUCCUGACUAUCUUGGCUACCAUAUUGUCGAUAACCAAAUUCAUAUGUGUUCGUCGGUACUUCUGUUACGGCUGCCAUUCACGCCGCAACCUGGCUAUGCCGCCGGGGUUGUUCUCCAGUAUAAUGGUGAGCUCUAUGGUAAUACGUCUGCCAACGAUACCAGUGAUAUCUUGCAACGAUUAACGGACGAAUUUGCCAUAGAAAAGGACCGCAGGGCGGCGAUAUUACGGGUAAUCUCGCUGCUCAACGGAGAGUUUGCUUUCGUCAUUUACGAUACUAUCGACGAAAUGGUUUAUUUUGGACGUGAUCGGGUGGGACGUCGCUCGCUUGUCGUACGCUACAGUCCUCGGCAAUUAGUGAUCAGUCUGGUUGGUCUUGGACUUGGACUGGGAUUUGAAGAGGUUGAUAAUAAGAUCUGGGUGUACUCUAUCGAUUCAAAACAAUUCGAAAAAAUUUCUUACCCAAAAUCAAAUUUACCACAAGGUGAUUCCUUCACCGAUCUACUACAAACUGCUGUACAACAACGAUGGGCAACGAUCCAACCGCUUCACCCUCAGCUGGUGCCUGCGGGAGUGCUUUUCUCUGGUGGUCUCGAUUGUACGAUAAUCGCUCAUCUACUUGCUAAAACUGCUCCUGGUCAAGCCAUUGAUCUUAUUACCGUUGGGUUUGAUCAUCCUCGGAGUAACCAGCGGGCAGCGUCGUCGCCUGAUCGUGUCCUCGCCAAACGACUGUGGUUUCAACUUUGUCAAUUACACGGCAUCAGUCUUCGUCUUGUUGAAGUUAAUGUCGCUUAUAAACAGUGGCUCCAAGGCUAUCAUCGAGUACAAAGUCUUAUGGCCCCCACUGCCACUGAGAUGGACUUGUCUAUCGCUAUUGCAUUUUACUUUGCCAGUGGUACCUCUGAAAGUGGUGCUUCAAUUACGUUAAGGCAAUUAGUGGAUAUCCCUGCGACAUACGAGGAGUAUUGCAAAAACGAAGAUCAAUUCACCACUGUUUCAGGUUACUUAUCUCCAGCUCCUGUACUUUUUCUGGGUCUUGGAGCCGAUGAGUUAUUUGCCGGUUACCUGCGACAUGAGGCUCUUUUCUCGAAUUUGGAGCCAGAAAGUCCCACCCUCGAUGACGCUUAUAAUCAGCUUCAAACGAUGCUUGACUAUGAUAUUGAUGUCAUACACACUCGUAAUCUCGGGCGAGAUGAUCGAGUUAUGGCCAGUUGGGGUAAGGAGCUUAGAUACCCGUACUUAGAUGAGGCCGUGAUUGCCAGUGUUAAGAGAAUUCCACCUCAACAGAAACUAAAGCUUUCGUGGGAGUGGAAAGAGUCUAAGAAGCAAGGACGUCGACAGGUGGUCGUCUCCGAACGUAAGCAUUAUUUACGUGAAGUGGCUCGGUCAUUUGGGCUAGGGUUUGUAGCGGCCGAACCCAAACGAGCCAUUCAGUUUGGAGCAAAACUGGCAAAACUUGAAGUCAACCAAGCUAAAGCUAAGGGGACCGACAUCAUUGUGUAG